AUGCUAAGCCUAGUGGGGAUUAAUUAUCGUGCUAGAAUCACAGCGUUCAACCCAUGGAAAAGUAGACCUGCUGGACUAAAUCUCAAUGGACGUCCGCAGAUGGUGGAUCCGCGGUAUUUUAAAGGUGCUUAUAGGCGCCAAAAUCCGGAUGAUCCGACACGCCUACUCAAGAUAAAGCAUGUGCUUUUAAAACGCUGCCGUUCAUGUAAGCGAACACUUUUUGUGCCUCUUACUCAAAGGGAUCAUUUUCACACCUGCUGUGAGGGGGUCCCCAUGAAGGUUUAUGCGAAUAUGGAGGCGGUGAUGAGCUCGGAACACAAACUUUUAGCCCACUCUAGACAGUGGGAUGUUGAGAAUGAUCGUCCAUGGUGCAACUCACAUAGGCCGCGGCCCAAGGGCAGGUCUAAGUUUAAAAAAUAA